AUGAAGGCGGCCAUCCUCACAGCCGUUACGGCUGGUCUGCUGCCCCUUGUCGGAGCUGUACCAGCUUCCACUUUGACUGCAAGGGCAAAGAACGACAUCGUCGAGGUUGAGAUCUCAUCCGGUACCAUCAUUGGCUCGGUGGGCCAGACUGUCGAUACGUUCAAUGGCAUCCCUUAUGCUGAUGCACCCAUCGGAGAUUUGCGCUUCAGACCACCACAGAAGCUCUCGAGGUACCUUGGAGAUUUCGACGCCACCAGAGUCCCAUUGUCAUGUCCCCAAGGACCAUUGAUCACUCUAGGAGGCCCCAAUGUUCCUGAGGCAGGCGCUAUCCUCAACGACACCUCUGGCGAGGCAAAAGCUCCUGAUUUCUCGGAGGAUUGCUUGACCAUCAAUGUUCAGCGGCCCAAAGGCGUCCAGGAGGGCGAUGAUCUCCCCGUGCUGUUCUGGAUCUAUGGCGGUGGCUUUGUGGGCGGAAGCACUGCUGGUUUUAAUGGCACCAAGUUGAUCGACACUGGCGUGCUUCUUGGCAAGCCAUUCGUCUUUGUAGCAGUCAACUAUCGCGUUGCUGCGUGGGGUUUCAUGCCGGGAAAGCAAAUUCUGGAAGAGGGCAGCGGCAAUGCUGGACUCCUAGAUCAACGCAUGGGCCUUGAAUGGGUUGCCGAUAACAUCAAGGCCUUUGGAGGCGAUCCAGGCAAGGUCACCAUCUGGGGCCAAUCUGCCGGCGCCAUCUCCGUGUUUGACCAGCUUGUCCUGUUUGAUGGUAACGCCACAUACAACGGCAACCCGCUCUUCCGGGGCGCCAUCAUGAACUCUGGUUCGGCGACUCCUACAGAUCCCUUGGACAGUGACAAGGGCCAGGCCAUCUACGAUGCCGUUGCCGAAGCGGCCGGAUGCGAGGGCGAUAAUUCCUUGGCUUGUCUUCGUGAUUUGGACAAUGACGACUUUACUGUUGCCGCCAAUUCUGUGCCGGGCAUCUUCUCUUACAGCUCUCUGGCUCUCUCGUACUUACCCAGGCCAGACGGUCAAGUUUUGUCGGAUAGUCCUGAUGCACUUCAAAGGGCUAAGAAAUUCCACCAGGUGCCCAUGAUUAUCGGAACUCAGGAAGACGAGGGAUCACUCUUUAGUCUUACCCAGAGGGAUAUGGGCUCAACGGAAAAGAUUGCCGACUAUCUAUCUGAGUACUACUUCCACAACGCCAACCACGACCAAACCACCGGCCUCGUGAGAACCUACAGCCCCUUUCCCCACGACGGAAGCCCGUAUGGCUCUGGGGAUUUCGAGCUGUAUCCCGGCCAGAAGAGGAUUGCGUCCAUCCUUGGCGACAUUGUUUUCAAUCUGGUUCGGCGAAUUACGCUUCAGGUGUUUUCCGAAGUCGCCCCAGACGUGCCUACGUGGUCGUACUUUUCGUCGUACAAGGACCAGCUUCUUUCCAUUCUCUUUGGAACCUACCAUGGGUCAGACGUGAGCGUCUUGUUUUCGGGUGAGAAUAGCCACUAUGCGACGUUUAGUGGCAGGGUGUACUACAUCAACUUUUUGUAUAAUCUGGAUCCGAAUGUUGGCACGAGACCGGGUUUGUUUUGGCCGCAGUGGAAGCAGGGGAGGAAGUUGUUGGAGUUUAAAGGGAUUAUUAAUGGGUUGAAGGAUGAUACAUAUCGGAACGCGAGCUACAACUUUUUGUUUAACAACAUUGAGGACUUGCGAUUUUGA